AUGGAGGAGCUCCUGGCCCGGCACCGGAAGGAGAAGCGGGAUCUCCAGGGCCGGAUCACGCAGAAGAAAAAGAAUGCCACGAAGAAAACGAGAAAAGGCGUUAAUGAUGAGUGCGAGAGAUUAGAACGAGAGCUGGCCGAGAGACAGAAGGCAGAGCUUGACGCUCUAGAAGGCAAAAACGGUGAUGGAUUGGAGUCAUCCCUGGAUACUCUGGCCAUCGAAGACACGGUCGAAAACGUAAACGGAGACGGAAAUGCCGAGUCGGCGUCGGCGUCUGCUGAACUAAAUCCAAGUCAGAACCCUGAGCAGGUCACCCCAUCUCCAGAUACCGACCAACAACCGCGCAAAAAGCCAAACAGGCAGAAAGCGAGACUGGCCCGAAGAGCAGCAGAACAGGAAGCUCAGGCCGCCGCAGCAGCCCUAGAAGCACAGAACCUGCCGGACCUUCGCGAACAAGAACUUGCAUCUAUGAAGGGGCAAAUGGAGAGUCUAGGGUUAUCCGAAACAUUCAUUCGGCCAGAUGGACAUUGUCUCUUCUCAGCAUGUGCGCACAGCAUGCCUCCCGAGCUGGUCUCGAAGUCCGGUCCACACAAGGAGCCGUAUCAGAACGUCAGGACUGCCGCAGCAGAGUUUAUGGCCGCGCACCCGGACGACUUUGGACCCUUCCUGGAAGAGCCUCUCGAUAGCUAUGUGCGGAAGAUGAGAGACACGGCGGAAUGGGGUGGACAGUUGGAGCUGCAAGCCAUUGCGCGAACCUACAACAUCGACAUCAAUGUACUGCAGGCCGACGGAAGGGUUGAGAAGAUCAGCUCGGGAUCAAGUACCAAAGACGACUCCACGUCGAUCUGGUUGGCUUACUAUCGACACAGCUUUGGGCUGGGUGAACACUACAAUGCAUUGAAGAAAGUGGAUAAGAGUUGA